AUGAACCCCUACACGUUCCGAGGCUGGCAUUUGCCCACAGCCUACUCGGAAACGACAAACUGUGACAGAAACUACCCGGGAGUGUACCCUGCCUCAUGGCCCUCAGGCUACUUCACACCUCCCUCGGUCUACCCCUUCCAAACAGACACGCCCGGCGCGGCAAAACAGCCCAACUCUGGGGAUUGGAAACUCAACGGUAUCAACCACCCGUCUGACAGCCCGGCGUCCGUGGGCCGGGACUCGAACCUCAUGAAGACUGGUUACGAGAGCUUGCUGUAUAAGAGCUCGGCCGUCAACAACGGGCGACCCGAGUACGAGGCUUGCUCCAGAGAUGACCCCCAGAGGUCAUGCUGUGCCAUCUCCUGCAGCUGCAACAACCACCAGAGACUGACCAACGUGCUGGACAAUUCCUGGCGCAAUACUGACCACAUGUCGCCCAGCCUGGACUUCGGCAAGGGACCCAGUAUGUCUCCUUACCAGACGCUCUGCCAAAGAGAAAUGCAGCAGUCUAUACACCUGCCUUCCACCUCCAUCGCUCCCACCACCGUCACACUACGGAAGAGAAGAAGACCUUACUCCAAGUUCCAGAUCGCCGAACUGGAGCGAGAAUACGCCAGCUCCACCUACAUCUCAAAGUCCAGACGUUGGGAGCUCUCGCAGCUCAUCAAUCUCUCGGAACGACAAAUCAAAAUUUGGUUCCAGAAUCGACGAAUCAAGGCAAAGAAACUGCAGAAGAGGGAGGAGAUGAGCAUGCCGCAUUCACACCAAGGCACGCCCAACCUCGUGUCGGGCACACCCCAGCCCCCACCCCCGUCGCACCUCAUCCAAUCAGCGAUCGCCGUUUCUUGAAAAGGGGCGGAGUUUGUUCUUUUUUAAAAUAUUAUUUUUAGUCAUUCAGUCAUUAUUCAUUGGAUAAGAUCUAGUACUGUUCUAAUAUUCAUCAUUCAAAAGAAGUAAUUGAUACUCAUAAUUUCUAUAAUUGUGACAUUGCUAGGAACAGCAUCAUUUGCUGCGAACAUUGCUAAGCUGUGUCAUGACUUUGCAGUAAUUAACUAUAUUGUGUAUUGAUUAUAAUGCGUUUGCAUUUUCGCCUGUUCGCUAAUGUUAUGACUGUGUCCAACUGAUCGUUAUGAAAGCAGGCAAGAUGGUUUAGGGAGAAAACACACUGCCUGAAUGUAGUCUGUACUUGAUUGUCCUGUCCUUUCGGUGCUAUAUUUUCCCUUGUGUACUCUUCUCCAAGACUCGCUAUGUGUAACUGGUCAGUCUGGGCUCCUUUGCUAUCUUAUUUAUAUUCCUCAGACCAUGGUAAGCACGGUUUUAUCCCACUUUUCACCAUUUGAAAGGCAUCUUUAAGGACUUAAGGACGAAGCUCUCACUUUUCAACAUUCUGAAAGUUCUUUCUAGCUGCGCAUCCAUCUCCGAUGAGUUUACGCCUUCAGGAUGCAGAACCGUUCUGAGUUAUUGCCAAGCGCUUACGUCAAGUCAAUAGAGCUCACUUGGAGACAGCGUAAUAUGAAAUGUAUUGAGACAGAAAAUCGAUUAAAGUGUAACGUUUUCUUGCUC